AUGCCUUCUGAUUCUACGAGUGUCGCCUCUGCUGCAGCUGCAGACGCUUCCACAACAGAAGCUGACGACACUGGACAUACACCUCAACAGCAGCAACACCACCAGCAGCAACAAAGGUCUGUGUUGCGCUGUGGCGAUGCGUGGGGAGGCCUCUACAGGCCUACCCUCUAUCCAGGGAGGGGAAGGUUUGUGGAGGGUGACAUCAGAGAUAUAUGCUGCGACUUUGUGUUGCUCCUUUGCAACCGCAUCAUCACUGCAACAGCAGCAAGCAGCAACAACACCAGCCGAGGGGGGGGUUCUGGAGGGGGAGGCAGCAGCGGUCAGGGCGAAAGUACGGAGAACAGCCGAGGGAGCAACUGCAAUGACGAAGUGCAGCCUCUAUCAGACGCUGCCUCUAAAGGCGCAUGCAUCUCAGAGGCAGUGCCUUCAGCGACAAGGGAUGCAUGCGAAGCGCAAGAACGCCUUCAACAGCAGCAGCAACCAGUGCCUCAACAGCAGCCGAGUUGCCUCCCGAUGGAGGGGUCGUUAGAGCUAUUCAUGGGUGUAGCUGUGAAGCGCGCUGCAUGUUCUCUGGCGAAGUCUAUUCCUCUAGAGGACUCGCAGGACGUGUGUGCCUUCUUCAGCACUGUCUGGGAGACGCUCUUCUUGCAAGAACACCCCUUCGUCUUCCCGAAGCGCACAGAGCCAGAGGAGGAGGAGGCAGAUUCUUUCGAGUUAGACAGCGUCCUCAGUGCAGCGGCAAAAGCCUUCCAAGCCUCGAUGGAGACCAUCGACGAGGCAGCGCAUGCCCUCGCGAGGGCGGCAGCUGAUGCAGCUUCUAAGGCCGACCUUACCGCAGAAGAACUGCUACUUGCCCAGCGAGCGGCGCUGCUGUAUCUGCUUCUGUGGAUCUACUACACACAGCCAGUGCUGCCUACCAGCAGCGAGGAAACGAUGCGAAAAUGCACUGGUUCCUUGCCGGCUGCCCCCCUCCCCCACGCCUUCCAUUUGUCUGUCGGUAAGCUCCUUCGCUCGCGCGACACUGCGCUCGCUCGGGGAAAAAUCAGUCGAGAGGCAUGCACAGAGACACUUGCCUUAAGAACCCAGAGAAGCCUCGCACAGACUGCCGAGCAACGCCUUCCCGCCUUCCCGCCUUCCGCAAGGCUGACACAGGAGGUCAAGGAGACACCCGUAGUUACAGCUCGCGUGAUGUGUGGGGAUCGCUUUGUGGGGUGUUGCGGUGUAGGGACAGGCCACGCGCUCGUGCGGCUGUCGCAGCGGUGCAUCUCGCUACGGUGUCUAGCGGAUGUGCCACGUGUUUGCAAAUAUCUCUAUGCAUGCGGAGCCUUCAACUUUUCUCUUUUAAAGCAGAGGCCCCCUCUAGACUUUCACAUCGAUCGCUUUGGCCUGCCGCUAGACGUUUCCAGAAGGCUGCUACUUCAAACCGAGCUCAAGAGACCGCUUGUUCUCCAAAAACCGUUGGCUCGCGUUCUAUCGCAAGAGUUGCAUGGGGCUUUGGAACCUUUGCUGAGGAGACUGCCGAGAUCUGCAGCAGUCCAGCAUCGUGGCGGGAGCUCCUUAGAGCUUUCGGAAAGUCUGCGCGAAAUAGACGGACUGCUGCGAGAGAUCGAAAAGGAGCUCCCAGCAUUUCUGCAGCAGGACACCUCCAAUUCUGGCUGA